AACACCAUCACUAUGACCGAUGGGGACUAUGACUAUCUGAUUAAACUCCUGGCCCUUGGAGAUUCAGGGGUUGGGAAGACGACAUUUCUUUAUAGAUACACAGAUAAUAAAUUCAACCCUAAAUUCAUCACUACAGUGGGAAUAGAUUUCCGGGAAAAACGUGUGGUUUAUAACACACAAGGACCAAAUGGAUCUUCGGGAAAAGCAUUCAAGGUGCAUCUGCAGCUUUGGGACACUGCAGGACAAGAGAGGUUCCGGAGCCUCACCACUGCGUUUUUCAGAGAUGCCAUGGGCUUCUUGUUAAUGUUUGACCUCACCAGUCAACAGAGCUUCUUAAAUGUCAGAAACUGGAUGAGCCAACUGCAAGCAAAUGCUUACUGUGAAAAUCCAGAUAUAGUAUUAAUUGGCAACAAGGCAGACCUGCCAGACCAGAGGGAAGUCAAUGAACGGCAAGCCCGGGACCUGGCUGAAAAAUAUGGCAUACCAUAUUUUGAAACAAGUGCUGCGACAGGACAGAAUGUAGAGAAAUCUGUGGAAACCCUUCUGGACUUAAUAAUGAAGCGAAUGGAACAGUGUGUGGAGAAGACACAAGUCCCCGACACCGUCAACGGUGGAAAUUCUGGAAAGCUAGACGGGGAAAAGCCCGCAGAGAAGAAAUGUGCCUGCUAAACUCUACCUAGGAACUGAUAAUCAAGAACCCCACCCAAAUAUUCCUCCCCAAAGCAAUGAUAAGCCACACAAUCAUUGUUGAGUAGACCAUGAACAAUGGCAUGUCUUUCUUUUUCUGCCAGAUCUGUUUUUAAGAAAUCAGAGUAAGUCAACAGUGUUCAAACAAAUUGACCAAUUCUCCUUGAGCCCCUUCUAAACACAAAUCAAAGAUUUUUUUUUUUAAGGUGAUCUCACCAGCAUGGAUGUUUUUUUUUUUUUUUAAAUAAAGAAGUUGAGCAUAUAAGAGAAAAUAUAAGAAAGAAAUGUUGGUGAGUUUUAAAUGAGAACAAACAUUGCCUUUUCACAUUGGAGAAGGAAGGAUGACUAAAGGUGAACAUGGCAAGUUGCCUUUAAAAAAGAUUAUAUUUACUUCUUGUACAGAAUCUGAUACCUAGUUCCACAUUGGCAUUGGGGAAAAUAUAAUAGCAACAAUGGUUAUACAAUGAAG